UGGAAUGCCAACAGAUGUUCAACAACAAACAACUAUUGUAAUGGCUCCAGCAGUUCAGGAACAAACAACUGUUCCUUCAGGACCUAUUGGCCCUGAAGUGACUGAUGGAAUGCCAACAGAUGCUCAACAGCAAACAACUAUUGUGAUGGCUCCAACAGGUCAGGAACAAACAACUGUGCCUGCGGGACCUAUUGGCCUUGAAGCGACUGAUGGAAUGCCAACAGAUGUUCAACAGCAAACAACUAUUAUAAUGGCUCCAGCAGGUCAGGAACAAACAACUGUGCCUGCAGGACCUAUUGGCACUCAAGCGACUGAUGGAAUGCCAACAGAUGUUCAACAGCAAACUACUAAUGUAAUACCUCCAGCAGGUCAGGAACAAACAACGGUGCCUGCGGGACCUAUUGGCCCUCAAGCAACUGAUGGAAUGCUAACAGAUGUCCAACAGCAAACAACUACUGUGAUGGCUCCAGCAGGUCAGGAACAAACAAAUAAUUCUGCGGGUCCUAUUGGCCUUGAAGCAACUGAUGGAAUGCCAACAGAUGUUCAACAACAAACAACUAUUGUGAUGGCUCCAGCAGGUCAGGAACAAACAACUGUGUCGGCGGGACCUAUUGGCCCUGAAGCGACUGAUGGAAUGCCAACAGAUGUUCAACAGCGAACAACUAUUGUUAUGGCUCCAGCAGGUCAGGAACAAACACCUGUGUCUGUGGGACCUAUUGGCUUUGAAGUGACUGAUGGAAUGCCAACAGAUGUUCAACAGCAAACAACUAUUGUGAUGACUCCAGCAGGUCAGGAACAAACAACUGUGUCGGCCGGACCUAUUGGCCCUGAAGCGACUGAUGGAAUGCCAACAGAUGUUCAACAGCAAACAACUAUUGUUAUGCCUCCAGCAGGUCAGGAACAAACACCUGUGUCUGUGGGACCUAUUGGCUUUGAAGUGACUGAUGGAAUGCCAACAGAUGUUCAACAGCAAACAACUAUUGUGAUGGCUCCAGCAAGUCAGGAACAAACAACGGUGCCUUCGGGAUCUAUUGGCCUUGUAGCAACUGAUGGAAUGCCAACAGAUAUUCAACAGCAAACAACUAUUGUGAUGGCUACAGCAGGUCAGGAACAAACAACUGUGCCUGCGCGACCUAUUGGCCCUGAAGCGACUGAUGGAAUGCCAACAGAUGUUCAACAGCAAACAACUAUUGUAAUGGCUCCAGCAGGUCAGGAGCAAACAACUGUGCCUACGGGAGAUAUUGGCACUCAAGCGAUUGAUGGAAUGCCAACAGAUGUUAAACAGCAAACAACUUUUGUGAUACCUCCAGCAGGUCAGGAACAAACAACUGUGACUGGAGGACCUAUUGGCCCUGAAGCGACUGAUGGAAUGCCAACAGAUGUUCAACAGCAAACAAGUAUUGUAAUGGCUCCAGCAGGUCAGGAACAAACAACUGUGCCUGCGGGACCUAUUGGUCUUGAAGCGACUGAUGGAAUGCCAACAGAUGUUCAACAGCAAACAACUAUUGUAAUGGCUCCAGCAGGUCAGGAACAAACAACUGUGCCUGUUGGACCUAUUGGCCCUGAAGCGACUGAUGGAAUGCCAACAGAUGUUCAACAGCAAACCACUAUUGUAAUGGCUCCAGCAGGCCAGGAACAAACAACUGUGCCUGCCGGACCUAUUGGCCGUCAAGCAACUGAUGGAAUGCCAACAGAUGUUCAACAGCAAACAACUAUUGCAAUGGCUUCAGCAGGUCAGGAUCAAACAACUUUGCCUACAGAACCCAUUGGCCCUGAAGCGACUGAUGGAAUGCCAACAGGUAUUCAACAGCAAACAACUAUUGAAAUGGCUCCAGCAGGCCAGGAACAAUCAACAGUACGUGCGGGACUUAUUGGCCCUCAAGCCACUGCUGGAAUGCCAAUAGAUGUUCAACAGCAAACAACUAUUGUAAUGGCUCCAGCAGGUCAGGAACAAACAACUGUGCCUGCGGGACCUAUUGGCCCUGGAGCGACUGAUGGAAUGCCAACAGACGUUCAACAGCAAACAACUAUUGUAAUGGUUCCAGCAGGCCAGGAACAAACAACAGUGCCUGCGGGACCUAUUGGCCCAGAGGCAACUGAUGGAAUGCCAACAGAUGUUCAACAGCAAACAACUAUUGUAAUGGCUCCAGCAGGUCAGGAACUAACAACUGUGCCUGCAGGACCUAUUGGUGCCCAAGCAACUGAUGGAAUGCCAACAAAUGUUCAACAACAAACAACAAUUGUAAUACCUCCAGCAGGUCAGGAACUAACAACUGUGCCUGCAGGACCUAUUGGUCCUCAAGCAACUGAUGGAAUGCGAACAAAUGUUCAACAGCAAACAACAAUUGUAAUACCUCCAGAGUCUCAGUGGGAAACAACAACUGAGUCAGAGGAACCUAUAAAACCUCAAGAAAUUGAGGAAAUCCCAACGAAUGUUUAUCAGCAAACCACUAUUUUGACACCUCUACCAGGUCAGGCACAAACAACGUCUCUGCCAGCAGGACCUAUCAGUACUCAAGCAACUGAUGGAAUGCCAACAAAUAUUCAACAGCAAAUAACUAGUUCUAUACCUACACCACCUCAGGCACAAACAACUUCUGGGCUCAUUGGUACUAACAAUACAAGUACUCCAACUCUCACAACUCCCUGUACUUCUCAAAAAGAUUUUGAACCUCCAUAUGAUAGAGAACAAUCAAUUAGCGUCUUCUUAAGUGGAAUAAACUCUGGGUCAAGUAAUAUUACAAGGAGAGUCAUAACUGGUUCUGGAAACUGGUCAAUUUCCAUUUCACGACAACCAGAAGAAGACAACUUAAUUGCUCCUGCACUACCAAGUUCACCAGAUGACAAACCUUUGAUAAAAACAAUUGAUAUAGACAAAGAUGUUUCUGUCCUACCUCAGGAUGCUGCUGCAGUGCCAAUCUUAAUUCGUGAAUCAAGUGAUAAUACAGGCGAUGCUGUCGAUGGUAGUGAAACAAUUGUUGUUAAUGAAAACUAGUAUCAGACACUCCAGCAUAGUCGUUGGGAAAUGACAAUUCUAUGAUACCACCAAACGACUGACUUCCUAUCCCUCUGAUGGACGAAUAUAUAUCAUCUUCUGCUGAUUUCUUGCUUAGGACAGUUUCAAGCUCUGGACAUGGUGGUUAUCCCAGUUGCAUCCAGGGUCUAUCCUCGAGUGCCACAAACAAUCAUAUGAAUGAAGCCAUUGCGAAUGGAAGCAAACGCUGGGAUAUUGAUGUGCAAGAAUUUAUGCCGGACAGUUACUUAAGCAGCAAAUACCUGAAUCCCUCUUUAAGGAAUGGGGGUUACCCAUUAGCUGAGAAUAAGAUUUUUAUCAUUUUCCCCAUAACUUUUACGAAAUGUUUGAGUGACAUCUUAUGACUAAAAUAUUCAAUGUCUAUUAUUAGCUUCAAGAUCAAGUAUUGACUGUCACUUCUUCAUACAGCAUACAGCAUUGGAAAUAUCUAAUAGUAAUUAUAGGUGUAUUGUUGAGUUUCGUUUACUAAAAACAGAUAUCAGUGCAGGUGGACUCUCUAGUUCUUAUUUGAAGAUUUUAUACCAGAUUAAUUGUAAUAUCAAAAUGGAAAAAAAUAUUAUAUGAGACCCCAUGAAAAAUGUUUGAAAUAUUAUGGAUUAAUAAAUAUGAAAAGUUCAAACCUA